UGGCUCCCGAAACCCAGCUUUCACGGCUUAGGUCGGGUUUCUCUGCCCUCACAUCGAUCUCUGUCCGGGCAGCGAGUGCGUAAAGGAGCGGUCUGUCGAGGCCGGCCACAUGGGUCUGCUCUCAGAACUGAAGCUCUCCGUGCCCUGGGGCCACAUUGCUGUCAAGGCCUGGGGCUCCCCGCAGGGACCCCCUGUGCUCUGCCUCCACGGAUGGCUAGCUAACGCCAACUCCUUUGACCGGCUCAUCCCGCUUCUCCCUCAAACCUUCUAUUAUGUCGCCAUGGAUUUCGGGGGCCACGGCCUUUCCUCCCACCAUCACCCCGGGUUCUCGUACCACCAACAGGACUAUGUAAAUGAGGUGUGCCGUGUGGUGUCAGCCCUGAGAUGGAAGCGCUUUUCCAUCUUGGCCCACAGUUUUGGCAGCACCAUUGGUGGCAUGUUCUCCUGCAUCUUCCCCGAGAUGGUGGAUAAACUGAUCGUGCUGGACUCCUUGCCUUUCUUGCUGGACUUUCCGGGACCCCUCCUCCAUCCCUGUAGCUGUAGCAGUAGACCCUGCAGCCCACCCCCAAUGGCCCGGGAGGGGAAGGCCAAGGAAAAGCAAAGACUUUUCACACGUAUGAGGUUUACACAGGAGGCAAGCAACCUGCUGGUUUACAGGCGACGCAGCAUUGAGCGCGUGCUGCAGGUGGAAGCCAAGCAGCAGAAGCCCCCCAAGGUUGUCAGCCCCGAGGAGAUGCUGCAAAGCUUUCUAAAGAACAAUGUUCAAGUGGAUGAAGAGUGUGGGAGGCUCUUGCUGGAGAGAGGAACCACCAAGGUGGCAGAAGGUGUGGUGUUGAACCGAGACCAGAGGCUGGGCCUGCCCGAGAAUCACUUUGAACUCAUUAGCAAGGAGCAGCUGGCCUAUUUUUGCAAGCAAAUCCAGGCUAGAGUCCUCAUCGUGAUGGCCACCGAGGGAUACCAUUCCUAUAGCGCUACCACUACGUGGAGGUCCCCGGCAACCAUCACGUCCACAUGCAGGAGCCCGAGCGGGUGGCCGGGAUCAUCAGCGACUUCUUGGACAGCAACCACGGCAUGCAGGCCCACCUGUAGCCCCCCGUGGACUGACCCUUAGGCCCGGCAGGAAAAUCGGCUGGCACUCGUGCCCUCUGCCGAUGCCAUGGGCUGAGGGCGGGCACUCCACCGCCCUCCCAUUCGCUGGCAGCUGCAGGGACCAGCUGGGGGAGGGGAGGGCAAAGGGGCUGGGCCAAGCCCUUCCGGGGCCACCCCCAGAAAUGACCUGGGGAGCCUUCCACAGCUCGACAAAUAGAAUCUUACUCCUUGCA